AUGUUCAUGAAAGCCCUUGGAUUAGUUUUUGUUUUCAUUAUCCAAAAUGUAAAACUGGAUCUUGAAUUCUUGGAGUCUUGCAAAGUAAACAAUGUCACACCGAAUUUCUUGAAUUUUCGAGUCGCCAAUAGAAAUCUUCGUAACUCUACUGCGUAUCGUAAAUGUCAACUAGCGCUACUUGACGAUGAAAUCAAAACCAAAAGAAGUAGGCUACGCGUGCUUGAAAAUACUCCAGAGAUACUUAAACGAUCUCUUUCUGAGACUUUACAUUAUAUUGAUUUUCUCCAUAUCACGACACUUUUUCUUGUUUCAAACGACAGAUCUAUUAAACGUUGUUACGACACACAACAGAAGAAGUUACAUAAGUUGGGAAAUAAUGAAACUGAACAUGUAAAAGUAGGACACGAUCCGAACAAAGUUAUAUUUAACUUUUCAUCUUAUAAAUUGUCUGACUCAGAAAAAUCGUUGCUUUGUAAGGGACUAAAUUUCGCUAUCCCCCCAAAGAAGUUGGAAUAUGCAAGCUAUCUAGUACCUUUCGAACUUUUGAUGAGAGAUAUCAACAGAGACGACCUGUCUAACGAAGACAAAAACUACAUAAAAACAAGACUGAAAGAUACUGCCUUUUCAUCUUAUUACUCGUACAACAGUAAUCCAGAGAAGCCCAGCCUUCCUGCUAAUGAGUUUAAAGCAUUGCAAGACCUCAUGAAUCGUGAUGAUAUCAAACAUAUUGUAGCUGUUGAGUCCCUUCUCGAUGAUGAUACAAAAUUUGCUAAAUUGAACAUUCCUCCUGGUAAGGACAUUAAUUAUAUAAUUAAUAUAGAAAAUAGAUUGAGGAAUUCCUAUAGAUCUUUAUUAAACAAUAGUUAUAUCGAUGAAACUACGUACAAGAAACUUUGUCCCAGUGGGUCCAAUCCUGGUGUUUUGUAUGGUCUAGCCAAGGUACAUAAACCUUGUGUUAAUGGCGUACCUAAGUUUCGUCCUAUUCUUUCGGCUAUUGGUACUCCCACGUACAAGCUUGCAAAUUUUCUUGUACCUAAGCUUGUAAGUCUCACUAUCAAUGACUAUACCGUGAAAGACUCCUUCAGUUUUGCGUCUGAAAUUGUUCAGCAGAAUCCUAACUGUUAUAUGGCUAGUUUUGAUGUUAAUUCACUUUUUCCGAAUAUUCCAUUACAUGAAACGAUUGAUAUUAAUAUCAAUGAGAUAGAAUCUAAUUGUAUAGAUGGUAUUCCUAAGAAAGAUUUGAAACAUCUUCAUACUCUAGCGACUACCGAGUCUAUUUUUGUUUUCAACGGCGUAUAUUAUAAGCAAAUUGACGGUGUGGCCAUGGGGUCUCCGUUAGGGCCUACACUGGCCAAUAUUUUUAUGUGUCAUUAUGAAAACAUUUGGCUUAAAAAUUGUCCGUCUGAAUUUAAGCCGAUCUAUUAUAGGCGAUAUGUUGAUGAUAUUUUUGUUUUAUUUGAAUCACGUGAGCAUGCUCAAAAUUUUUAUGAAUAUAUUAAUUCUAGGCAUCAGAAUAUUAAAUUCACGUUUGAAGAAGAAUGUGAUAAGGUUUUGCCAUUCUUGGACGUUUGCGUCAUGCGUGAAGGUGAUUCUUUUGUCACCAACGUAUAUAGGAAACCAACAUUUAGUGGAGUUUAUACUAACUUUUCUAGUUUCAUACCCAUGGAAAAUAAACACGGCUUGAUUUUUUCCUUACUUUAUCGUUUUUACCAUCUGUGUUCAGAUCUUAAUAAAUUUCAUGUAGAAAUAUCUCAGUUGAAGACUAUUCUUGGAAGGAAUGUAUACCCUUCAAAGGUUUUUGAAUUCUGUCUCAGAAGUUUCAAGAGCAGAAAUUACGAACCGAAGGAACAAGUGUCCCUUGCUCCUAAGAAAGAGUUAGUCCUUGUUUUACCUUUUUUAGGAAAGAUUACCUUAUAA